UGCAUCUGGUCGCAUCGCCGGCCCCAGCUGUAAGAUCUCGAUCUCUCGACUCUCAUUGACUGAAGUGCUGCAAUCCCACCUUCCCACAUUAUCCGCUUCCUGAUUGGCCCCACCCCCAGUGAUGCGUGAGAAUGGAAAUCAGGAGACACUCCCGCCCCGGAGAUGCCCCCGACCGAACCUACCAGCGCACCUACAAGGCCUGUCUCGCCUGUCGCCAGCGCAAGGCCAAGUGCGAUCUGGGCACCGGCCCGGACGGUGUCUCGCUGGGCCCGCCCUGCGCGAAGUGUCGCAGGGAGCAGCGGCCGUGUGUGUUUAGUGAGAAGAGGGCGUGGGAGAGGCGCAAGAGGCGAGAUACAGGGACCUCGGACGAUGGCCCCAGGUCCCGGCGCAGGCUGUCCAGUAGUUAUGCGCAUGACGGGGAUGCAUCGUACCAUGCCCGGACGCGCGAUUCGACCGUAGAGGAUGGGGAUGGCGAGGCGCCCGACGAGGUCGACGAGGAUGAGGACGUGGGUAUUUUACAGCGCCCAGAUCCCCCUGAGCAGUCCAAUUCCUUCGCGAAUUCCAUGAUGCGCACCGUCGUGUCGAGUGGGAAUGAUGCGCUGAAUAUCCUCUUCGAGGCGGCCGCCGUGCAUAGUCGUGAGAAUGAUAUGAUCGAGUCGGACAUGCAGUCGCGUAAUGCGCGGGAUCGGUCCCAUCGGACGAGGCAGAGCAAUGCGUCCAGGGACUUGAAUGCUAUUUCUCCGGAGGCGCUGGCGAAGGCGGUCCGCCCGGUGGACCUGUCGUAUGCGUCUAAAGACGUACUUGCUGUGUGGGAGACGUGUCGGUUUGUGCGAAUGGGGUGGUUUACGUCGAGAGAGGCCGUCACUUUUAUUGAUCUUUUCUUCAAGAACAUGUCCCCCCUGUCGCCCAUCUUGACCGAUUUCUACUCCGAUCAUCGAAAUCAUCGCUGGCUCGUCACCCGGGACCCCGUGCUGUGUUGUACGAUUCUCAUGAUCUCGUCGCGAUACCAUCUGCUGCCUGGCGCCGGCGGAGAAUCGCGAAAUUUCUUCAUUCACCAUCGACUGUGGCAGCAUUGUCAGCAGCUCGUGAUGCGACUGACCUUCGGCCAGGAGAGAUCUCUGCAGCCAAAGACCAGGACUAUCGGAACGAUCGAGGCGCUCUUGUUGAUAUCCGAAUGGCAUCCGCGGUCUCUGCAUUUCCCGCCGGAAAGUGAUGGCUGGGACUUUGACCUGGCAUAUGCAGCCCCCGAGCCGAAGGAACCGGACGAAUCGUCCACCAACCGAUGGCUGGAGGAUAUGAUCGAGCCUGCGCGGCGGUCGGAUCAGAUGUCGUGGAUGCUGCUAGGCUCGGCCCUCUCGUUGGCGCACGAGCUGGGGAUCUUCGAGCUGGAUGAUAAGAAAUGGAGCUACUUCUCGGGCUACGAAGGGGCUAUAUCCACGGAGCAGAUUACGCUGCGUAGAUCACGCGUCCAACGAUUACUCUAUGUCUAUAUCAAUCAGCUGGCGUGGCGUAUAGGUUGUGUUUCACUCAUGCCGCAGAGCUUGAAUCACGCAGUCCUAGGCCGACAAGCACGGCGCGAUGUCAGCCAGCCCGGAGACGAAUGGCUGGCGUUUAUGGACUCGUGGAUGGAUCUGACGAAGCUGGCGAAAUCGGUGACGGACAUGUUCUUCCCUACGGUCUCGUUUGCCCGACAGCAGCUGCACACCGGACGGUAUAUCGAUCUGCUGGACCAUUUCCGGCCUCUACUUACGAAAUGGAAAGAUACCCACCUUCAACCUCACUUGCUCAGCGAGCAGUUCUACGACAUCCUCUUUAUCGAGUAUCACUUCGUGCGCGUCUACACCCACUCCGUCGGCAUGCAGGCGGUGGUCGAGCGCGUCCUCGCCGACAGCGACCCCAACGCCGACGAGGUGCGCGCCACGAACAUCGACCCCAUCGACUACGAAUACAUCCAGGAAGUUAUCGAAGGAUGCUGCCAGAUCCUACACAAAGUCAACCAGCUCUCCCGGAUGGAAGUGCUGCGCUUCUCUCCCGUGCGCAUCUUCCUGCGCAUCACCAGCUCCUCCAUCUUCCUCAUGAAAGCCCUCAGCCUGGGGACGCGACAGGCCAAACUGCGCGAAUCUCUCGACUGUCUCGAACAAUGCUGCCAGGCGCUGCGCUCGAACGCAUUGGACGACAUCCAUCUGAGUACCCGCUACGCCACCCUACUGGAGCUCCAUGUGGCGCGUCUCCGGCGCAACCUACUGGCCUCCUCCAAGAGCAAAAACCCAAAAACGAGCCACGGCAAGCGGCGAUCCUCCACGGGCGUCCUCCCCAACCCCGACCUCGAGACGCCCGUCAUGGACGAGUCGCAGAACAUAUCGGCGGUGGGCCUGGUGCCGUCGCUGAACGAUAUUGCGGCCGACGAUUGGCUUUCCUUGCCAUUUGAUCCGUCCAUGGCGCCGUUUGGCAUCAGCAGUGGCGGACAGUUCCCUGCAUAUGAAGGUGGAGCUUUGAAUUUUAUUUGGAAUUUGCCCUCUUGAGCGGGUUUGUUGGUCUGGGCGCUUUACUUGUUGAUUGUAAUGAUAAUUAUGAUGUUAGCUUGUAGUCUGAUGGUCUGAUUGGCUAUGAAUAAUGAGAAAUGUCUGCUAGU